CUCCAAAGUCCUUAAGUCCUUAAUUAGGUUUCUUGGCAUGUACUAUCAACAUAUUCGUCAAGUCGCAGUUUGAAUUUCAAAGAACCACCUCUCAUUUCUCUCACAAAUAAACAAUUGGAAUCCGGUUGUUAAGAGUGAACUUUCAUCUCUGGUUUGUUCAAUUGUUUAUUACCAAAAGAGAAAGAACUCAGCGAAAAAAGAAGUUGCAUCUGCAUCACAUUCUGUUUCCUUUUUCUUUUCUUCUUUAUUUUUAUUAUAAUUUUCCCCCUCCUCCUCCUCCCAUCCUAAUAUGGAAAUUCCAAAACAUGACUCUCAAUCAAAGUAUCAAUCUUUUUGGCUCCUUCUUCUACCCAACUCCAAAAGAAUUGAAAAUUCAGCUUCCCCUGCCCUUCACUCAAAUCCCAAUAGUUGUGAUUCUGUUUGGGUGGUGAAGGAGGGAAAAAGCUUAAACCUUGUUGCAUUGGUGGUGGCAGGACCAUGGCCAGCACAAGUGGCACGAAGGGUCCUUUUGAGACAGAUUGGCAGCCAACAAAGAGGUUUGUGAGGGCUCAUACUAUAAAUGUCGACGACUUCCGAGACGAGGAAGGUGUUUUGGUCACUGAGAUUGUGCCUUCUUCACUUUCUGUGCUUGUGCCUGUUCUCAGAGCAGCCCUUGCUAUUGAAAAGGAGAAUCCAAGAGUUGCCUUUAUUUGUCGUUUCCAUGCAUUUGAGCUGGCCUAUAAAAUUGAUCCUACAUCAAUUGGGCAGGGUGUUCGUCAGUUCAAGACCUACCUAUUGUCCAAACUUGAGAAGGAAGAGGAGGUUACACUGAAAUUUCCGAGGAGAAAGAGUGAUGUUAAAGAGCUGCAGGACUACUACCUACAAUUCUAUGAAAAGAAAAUCCGUGAUGGAGAAUUUACCCAGAGACCGGAGGAGAUGGCUAACAAUGUUCACAUUGCCACUGUAUUGUAUGAAGCAAUGACGAUUAUAAUACCUUAAGAAAGAUUUCAGGAAAAGACAAAACGAUAUGGUGAGGAUGUUGAGAAGAUGAGGGGACAAUAUGAACACUAUAACAUUCUUCCACUAUAUGCUCUUGGUGUUAAACCAGCAAUCAUGGAACUUCCCGAGAUCAAAGCAGCAAUUGAUGCUAUAUGUAGGGUGGAUAAUCUUCCAAUUCCAGUAAUUCGUGCAAGACCUGAUGGUUCUAAUGAUGAUUCUACAAUGCCUAUGGACAGGCUUAAAAAAGUGAAUGAUAUACUUGAUUGGAUUGCCUCAGUUGUUGGGUUUCAGAAAGGAAAUGUAGCAAAUCAAAGGGAGCACCUUAUAUUAUUACUUGCCAACAUGAAUAUAAGGAACAGUGCUGAAUCAACUAAUCAGCUCCAUGCAGAAACUGUGGAAAAGUUGAUGGCUACAAUUUUCAAAAAUUAUAAGUCAUGGUGUGAUUAUCUACAUUGUGAAUCCAAUCUUAGGUUUCUAGAGGAUUAUGACAAGCAACAGAUGGAGUUGAUUUAUAUCGCACUUUAUCUUCUAAUAUGGGGAGAAGCUUCAAAUAUUCGCUUUAUGCCUGAGUGUCUUUGCUAUAUUUUCCAUCAUAUGUCCCGUGAAAUCUAUACGAUUUUAUUUGAGACUGUGACUGGGAGCAAAGAGCAGCUAGAAGGACGUGAUGAUGAAUUUUUUCUGAGGGAAGUUAUAAGUCCAAUAUAUCAAGUUUUGAUGAAGGAAGCAAAGAGAAACAACAAAGGCAAGGCAAGUCAUUCCAAUUGGAGAAAUUAUGAUGAUCUCAAUGAAUAUUUUUGGUCAAACAAAUGUUUUCAUGAUCUAAGCUGGCCAUUGAAUUCCAAAGCAGAUUUUUUUAGGCAUUCAGAUGAGACACAUGAGACAGCACGUCGGGGACGUAGCCAAGCAACCAUUGGAGUUUAUAAGAGGAAGUCCAAAACAAAUUUUGUUGAAGUUCGAACCUUUUUGCAUUUGUAUAGGAGUUUUGAUCGAAUGUGGAUAUUCUUUAUAUUGGCACUACAGGCAAUGAUUAUCAUAGCAUGGAGUUCCUUGGGACCUGUUGGCGUGUUUUUUAAUUCAGAUGCCUUUGAAAAUGUUAUGACUAUAUUCAUUACAUAUGCUUUUCUCAGGUUUCUUCAAGCAACUCUUGAUAUUAUUCUCACAUGGAAUGCAUUGAGGAAUAUGAAGUUCACUCAAUUGCUUCGAUAUUUUUUGAAAUUUGUGGUAGCAGCUAUUUGGGUUGUUGUUUUGCCAAUCUGUUAUUCCAAGUCGCUACAGAAUCCAUCAGGAAUUAUAAAAUUUUUCACCAAAUGGGCUGGGGAAUGGUAUGCUUUGUUCCAAGAGCCAAACAAUUAA